UCAAUUCGAACGGCAGCUCUCGGAGCACGGAGGUAGCAAUAAAAUGAAUCAUUUUGCUUCCUUAUUUUAAGCAGUAAAUGUGUUUUGGUAGAGUGGUAUAUAAACGGACUGUAUUGGAGACACAAAUAUAUAUUCUGGUAGGUUUCAAAAAACGUUUUCGAAUACAAUGUGCAGUUAGUGAAUUGGCAGACAUUAACGGUUAGCUCGAACUUUAGCUUCCCAUUUGUUUUGCUCGGAAUAUAUCGUCCUGCUGCGCCGUUGAGCGCUUGAAUUGCGUACUAAACUUCGGCAUAACCGCAGAUCCCGAGUCAUGGCGAAAGAACGGGCCCGGAAGAAGUCCUUCCAGCAAAGUCUGGAGGACAUAAAGGAGAGGAUGAAGGAGAAGAGGAAUAAACGACUGGCCAGUGCUUCAGCCCCCAGCAGGGGACGAUCGAGGAUGAUAAACAAAACAAGUGGGACUAACUCCACUCACACCAUCCUCAAGGGCGUGCAGCUGAACAACAAGGCGCUGGCUGUGGCCCUGCAAGCUGAAAAGGAGAAAGUGAGGCAGGCCAAUGCAGUGAUCCUGCAGCUGAAAAGAGAGCAGCAGGCCCUGUUCCUUCACCUGCUUCUGCUCAAGAGGAAGCUGAAAGAGCAGGAAGCUCUGGCAGCGAGUGCUUCAGAGACUAAACCUGCUGCUGAUGCUCAACACCACAUGAAUUCAGUUAGAAGAAAGCGGACGAGCAAGAACCUGGAUGAGCACAUCUUGUGUGAAACUUCACCGAUUUGUGCAGCCCCCAAAAAGAGUGAGGAUCUUCAGUGUGAGAAACACUUUACCUUGCCAUCUACAGUAGGGGUGCGGCGUCAGUGCACAGAUAAAAAUAGGAGGAGGUCUGAGCGUUUUCGAGAACAGAGGAUCUGAGUGAGGAAGGCCCCAAAUGCUGGCUUUGGGGCUUGGAUCCCAAGUCCUAUUCACAGUGACAGUGAAAAUCAAAAUCAAUUGCAAAAAGGACAGCAACCAGAGAUGGCAGACCCAGGUUUCACUGAGGAGUUACAGCACUCUACUCCUGAACCACUGCAGCCCAAAAGCAGACAACAGCCCAGCAGGAAACAGGCCCAGCAGCAGUCCUCCAAACCAGAACAGGCUUUACAAAAUCCUGAGAGAGGCCGCAAACCAGAACGCGCCCCAUUAAAGAAACCAUGGGAGAAUACCAAACCCAGAGCUAGGUCAAAGAGUAGGGACCGGUCAGCCACACGGGCCAAAGCAGCACCUCCAGCACAGGGCAAUAAACUCAACAGUUCACUGGGAUUUAAUGACACGUUUGAUUUUGACUGUGAAGAGACCGUCCACGUCACGCCUUUCAGGGCCAAGGCAGAGGACAAUCAGCCAGCCUUAAGUGAGGAAGCUCAAGAAACGGGACAGGCUCAGACUGAAGCUUCACCUAUGAUUUCCAAACAGAGUGAAUCCAGCUCCUCGUCACCGUCUUCUGAAUCGGAAGACAGCCUUUAUGUUCCUCACAAGACCAGACGGAGGCUGCCUUCUCCUGAGAAGACCAAGGUCGUCACCACUCGUAGAGGCCGGCCCUCUAACGUAUUCAAACAGACAGAAAACGUCCCUCCAAAACGGGAGAUCUCUGUCUUCAGAGAUGAAGUGGCAAGUCCCAAGACUACAGGGUCUGAAGACACAGCAAGUCGCCUCAAUCAGUCACCUGAUUCUAGCUUCUCUAACAGCCCUGACCCUGUAAAGAUGGAACAUGAAAAUUAUCAAGAGCCUCGUGGGGAGGGAAUGGAGAAUGACUGUUUGCUUCCUGUCAGCCCUCUGGUUGAAGCUGAGAUGAUGAGAAUAGACAAUGUCCUGUCCAAUUUUGGAGAUUCCUCCUCUGAAGCUCCACCUCAUUUACCCCACCCAACUCCACAGAGGCUCAAAUCGUGCAAGAAACGUGGGCUUGGUGUAACGACAGCAGGGCGGGGCUUGAGUCUGUGUGAUGUGACCAAUCUGUCCCCCGCAGCCUACCGAUGCUCCACCCAUGUUCCCAUUCGCAAGCGGCGCUGCACCAUGGUGGUUGACUAUAAGGAACCCUCGCUGCACGCAAAACUUCGGCGAGGAGACAAAUUCACAGACGUGCAGUUCCUCUGCUCGCCAGUGUUCAAGCAGAAGUCUGGCAGGAGGUCUGUGCAAAAACCAAGGAAUUCAAUGGGCGGACAGCAGCCGUUUGAGAAGUACAACGAGCCUUUUUUUGGGUGUCGCUGAAAGAUGCUGCCAUAUCUGUACCCUCUAAGCUUUCAGUGUUGGCUGACUUUGAAGUGUUUUUAGGUAGACGUGACAUUUUUUUUAAUCACUGUCAAUGUUUGUGAUAAUGAACAACUGUGAUAAUUUUUAAAUUUAUGUAUUUUUUAAUCUUUGUCUUCCAUUUCUAUUCUUUGGCUCUAGGUAAACGUAGUGCUAGCAUUUUCCUAAAAUCCUAAUUUUGCCAUUUUCCAAAUUCUGUUCAUUAUUAAAUCUU